UAGUUAACGAAUGUUAAAUAAAAUACAGUUAUAAUAAAUUAAAUAAAAAUAUUUCUUGACAUAUUUACUCCGAGAGCGAAAUCUGAUUGGAUCAUUAAAAAUGGAUUGCGAAAAAUCUAGCACCGUACUCCACUGGAAUUAUAGGGGAUUCACGAAAUUUCCAAUAGAGCACUUAAGGGGCGAGGAAGGUGAAGUAACAGAUAUUUAUUUAAAGGAGAAUCUAAUAUCGCGUGUACCGAACGAUAUUGGUAAACUACGGAACCUGGAAAGUUUGUAUUUAAGCGGGAACGAUAUUACGGAACUGCCUCGAGAGAUCUCUCAGUUGCGACGGCUCAAGUGUCUGGAUGUGAGCGGGAACCGAUUGCGGGGGGUUCCCGACGAGAUCGGGGAACUUAGGGAACUCAAGUUCCUCAUACUGGAUGAGAACGAGCUUCGGAACCUGCCAUUGAGGAUCGCAGAGCUAAGAUCGCUACGCUAUCUUUCGGUUUGUGAUAACAAGUUGCAGUGGUUGCCACAAAGACCCGUUUACAAUUAUUUCCACUGCGAGUUUAAAUUCUGGCGAAAUCCUGAUCUGACGACUAUACCGUAUUCGCUUUGGUAUCACAUGUUUCGUGACCAACAAACAAGAAGUCUUAACAUGGGAUGUUUGAAGAUAACUGAGAACCGACAAGUUUCAAAGGAUAGGACAUUUCGCUUAACAAUACACCAGGAAUGCGGGGAAUAUGAGAUUGAUAUUUCCUGUCCUCAAUAUAACAAUAUUGUUGAAACUGGAUGUCCCUCGCCACCAAGUCUCUACGAACUUACUAAAAGAGUCGCCUAUCAAAUGAUUUCAACAGCCGUCAAACAAUAUACAACAUAUUUUAGUAUAUAUUCAGAUAGAAAUAGUUAUUACUUAAACAAUAAUAAAAGCUAUGAUGCUUUGUCUAAUCUCGAAAAAACUUUUGAUAAUUUUGAAAUUAAUAAAAAUAUUGAAACAGUUUCUCUGAGUAAAAAUGAAAUGGAACCAGCAAAUUGCAUUGAAUACACAAAAAUAGAAAGAAGUUAUUACGUACCCAAAGAUAUAAUAGAAAAAUUAUAUUCAUUUUUACCGUAUUUCAUCAAAAAUGAACUGUCCAGUGGACCUAUUUCUAAAUGUGAUAACGCGUACUGCAAGAAACCAAUUUUUGAUUAUGUUAUCUACGAAUUUUGUAUAGAAAAAAUUAUACUCAUCGACAACACGGAAGAUGUGGUAUUGAAUGCAAACUUUUGCUCAAAAUCCUGCGCUGACUUUUGGAAAUUAGGAAAACGAAAUAUAAUUUCAUGGAAUUUGUUAAAUCAAUAAAAGUGUGC